CAGCCCCAUACUGUACACAUUCUAUUUUUUCGACUUUCCCUCCUUUUUCCCAUUCAAUUUUCCCUCUCAAUUCUCUAAACAAUCAAAUCCCAGAAAAUCAGCUUAACUAUCACAUAAUUUUCUUCCCCUCCCUUUUUUCUUUACUUAUUUUCUUCUUGCCAGAAUCAAAGAGAAAUCGAAAAAGAAUAAAAAGAAAAUGGCAAAUUACUACAAUAUCGAUGAUAUUCUUACAGAGGAAGAGUUUGUUCCAGUUGUUUUUCAUAAAGCAGCAAAUGGAGUUAUAAUUGAUCCCAGUUCCGAAACUAACUCCGUUGAACAAGGAGCAAAGGUGGAGCUGCCAUUGUGGCUUGCUCAAGAAUUAUACUUCAGGCAAGCCAUAUCGAUUAGCGUCCCUGCCUGUUUCAAUCAAAAAACAAGGUUGGAAAUCCAAGCUGAUGCAGCUUGUGUGGAUCUUAAAUCUCGGUCUCCAUAUUUUUAUGAGUUUGGAUGCAAGAUAGCACCACUGGUUGGUGAUAAAACCGUUGAAAUCUUGCUAUUAUCGGCAUUCAAGAUCAGGUAUAAGGAGAUCUUGACCAAGGCAUAUACUGCAGCAUACACGGCAACUUCAAAGUUCUUGCCACUUCUAACAAAAGAAGAAACAAUUUUGUAUGAAUCAGCUCAGACUUCAAUGGCAGCCUUUAAGAAGUGGCGGAUGGGUGGCCCAAGGCUUCAAAGGGCUUCAGUUCUUGGAAGGAAGAGGAAGCCUAUUGAGUAGAUGCUAUUCUAGUUCGCCUGUGGUCGAAAUUGAUGAAAAAUGUUUUGUUCACAUGUAUAUGAAUAUGAUGCUCAUAACUCAUUUCAUGACUCCAAUACACAGAUUCUUAGACUUCUUAAUUUUUCGUUGUCAGUUAAUUUUGAGUCUCCUAUAUGUUUCUUUAGUGACAAGAGCAAGAGUAAUUGUUUAAUGCUGUGUUUGAAUGACUUAAAUUUAAAAGUG